AUGCGGCUUCGUCUUGGAGUUCCCGUAAAAGCUUUGGCGCAAGAGUUAUCGCAACUUAAGGUAACUUAAAGCCGUUUAGCUUAAUAUAUAAUAAAAACACAGUCAAACUUGCAAUGAACUACUGAGAUUUGAGAUGACACGCGUCGCCUAAUUUUAUACUAGCUGUCUUCGGCGUGUCGCACUGUCGCUGCUUGUCCUCUUGGCUUAGUAUCGUGCGGUAAUUGAAAAUGUUGUUAGUUCGAAUUAUUAAUUUUCAUUGAUAUUUACCAAGUAGCAAUUUUCCACAGUAUGUGUUUCGAUUUUAUUUAGAUUAAUAUUUAGUCCUAAUCAUGUGACCCGAUGAUAUAAAAUAUAUAAAAGCGCGAUUAUAUAAAAGCGCGAGAUAAAGCGCAUUUUAAUAUGGUCUAUGUCUGAAAAUGCCGCUUUGGCUUGUAUUUAUAUUGGUAAUUAAACUGAAAAGAGUGCAAUUAAGCGAUUUGGUCUGAAAUCAAACGCUUGAUUACAAAAUCGUAAUUCAAAAGUCAACUCGCUUAGCCGCCGGGUCUAAAAACUCAAAUUUUGCGCUAAAUUUUGUGCUAUUAUUCCUAAAGGCUGAUUGGUCGGUUUGGUUGAGUUCUUAAACCUGAUUGGAUGUAUGAAAGAGGCGAUUUAUCCCCUGCAGAGCCUGCCAAGACUACCAACUUUCCAAGAGAUAUUGAGAUAAUCACUAAUCAGAUUGUAGGAAACAAAACACUAUUGGUUUCAAAAUGAAUAUACCAUACAAAUAGAUAUGAAAUAAGUAUAUCAUGUAUGUAAUCAUCUUUGAUGCAUAUAUUGCAGUGCACCUGAAACAUUUUGCGAAGAACUCCAAUGAUGGAUUGUCAUGCAGAAAGGAAUCUAUAUAGCACAUGCAAUUUGGCAGGGGGUAUUCUUUGCCACUUGUUCAUGACCGGUGCGGAGUAUAACCGUUGAUCAAGUACAUAGUCGCCAGGAGCAGUGUUUUGUAGAAUGUGAAAAUAAUGCCUCUUUCGGAGGGUUGAGGGUGUUAUUGUUUUCCGAAUUGAAAAAUGACUUUGAUAGGAGAUUGGCACCCCCCAACACUUGCACCCUCCUUUGCCAAAGCUAGGGGGUGCUCUCUCCAUCGCUGCACCCCAACUCCAGUAAAUCCAUUCCUGUAUAUUCUAGGUACGAUCUAUACUGUAUUUUAUUUAAUAUGUGAUUAUCUAUUAUUUAGGAGGAUCAGGAUGUAGAAGCUUUUGCUUCAACACUGGCGUCACCUUUCCCAGUGAUUGUUGUGAAAGGUGGCCUCGAAGGAAUGCUGAGCUCCAGUAUUGUGGCCGACCGACAAGCGCUCUUCGAAGUGGAUGGCGGGAUGAUGGGUGCAACUAUGGCGCUGUUUCCCACAUAUUACGUGUUUAUGUAUGAAUACCCGGCUUCCUUGAACAAUUUGUUUACGUAUUUAGAAAAGUGCAUUUUCCAAAUCGCCGAUGCACGGAAACUUCCAACGUCUGUUAUUACGUUUGUCAAUGCACUGGACUGCAACACGGAAAAUUAA